UUCAUCUCUUUCCUCUCCCUCCCUUCUUCGCUCCGAAUUGAAGCUGGUAAAAAAAAACCCUAAAUCACUGUCACCUCUCCCGUCUUCAAUCGAAGCUCAAGCUCCUGCUCUCUCGCGAUGGUGCUCUCGAAUUGAUGGGCGGAACGCGCGGCCCGCCCUCUCCCGACUGCGCCCGCGUCGCCUCGGAAGGCGUCACUGCUCCGGUCGAGGCGACUUCCCCACCCGCCGCCGGCGAGACGGCCGCCGACCUUCCCCCCGCCGCGGCGGUGAGCUCGGUCCGUUGAUUCCGCGCGAUUCCGCGCUUGCUUUUCGGGUUUUGAUGUUGUGUUAUGAGCAAGGAGGUAGGUGAAAGUCGGUAACUUGGAGAUACUUCGGACCUCUAUUUGGCUAGUCGGAGGGUUUGCUGGUAUAGGUCGACUGGGCAGUUUAAGUGAUGCGGCCGAAGUAUGGCGCUUUAUAUGUCUAUCUCCAUUCUGACGUGUGCUGACUGGGAAUAGCGUGUUUUGGCGAUAUGGGGUGUUGAUGUGCUUUAUUAUGGAAAGUGCACGGGGUGCUCCUGCAAUUUGCCCUAGUCAUCAGUUUAGUGGCUGGUUAGGUUGAUACUUAGAAUGGCGAUUACAGUGUGUUGAUUAAGAGAAUUUACAAUGAGUGGAAAGCGAAGAAGACACAAUUCUAAGUGGGAUUUGAAAGAAGAGCCUCCGGUUUCCCCGAAAAAGAUGGAUUAUAGGGCUUGGUCUGGGAGAGCUGAUAUGCCAACUUAUGAUAGUAGAAUACAGCCAAGGCGAGGGUCUGCAGAUGCCAGUCAUAUCAAUGGUCAGAGAUGGUCUAGUGUGGAGGACAAGAAUGUGCCGAAGAGACAUGAUUUGGAAUCUUCGUCACGGGAGUUCAUGCUUGCAAAUAGAAGCUUACCCAGAGAUGGCAUUGGUAGCGCAGAUGGUGGUAGAAAGUUGGAUCCUGUGCCGUGGGAUCGAGAUGGAAGUUAUAGCACGAGGAUGUCUCCUGGUCUGGAUGAAUGGAGGAAGAGGAAUCGCAGUCGCUCCCCCAGAAAUAAGUCAGAUAGAUCACCCGGGAGUAGGAGUAGAAAUUGGAGGAUUAGCAUGAGUAGGAGCAGAAGCCCAGUCCAUGGAUCUAGAAAGGACUCUGGUAUAUAUGACAAGACCAGGAGCCGAACUGGUGUUUCAUCGCAGCUAUGCAAGGAAUUUGCUGUUGGUAGGUGCAGGAGAGGCACUGAUUGUCGGUUUUUACAUCAGGGUGAUCAGCAGUACAAUGAUAAUUGGGAAAGUAGGCACAAGAAAAUUGGCAGCACCAGGGAAUAUUCAGAGAGAAACAGAUCUUCUGAGAUAUGUAACAAUUUUCAGAGAGGAACUUGUCGGUGGGGGGCUUCAUGCAGGUACAUUCAUUCUGAUGUUCCUGGUAAGGUGUAUCCCAAGGAAGCGGCUGCAACAGGAGAAAAUGACCAGAGAAAGAGAGACUUGUCCCUUGAACUAGUUGGUGAGGGUGAAUCUCACAGGAGAACGGUGCCAUCUGAUCCAAGGAUCACAGACUGGUCCCUCAACAAUAGAUGGGAGCAUAAGUCUGGUGAAGAGAGGAAAUUAUGGGAUGACCAAACUAAACAUAAUCUGCUUAGUAUUGACCAGAAGCAGUUGCCUCCAUUGGAAUCAUCUGUUAAAUUGGGCAUGCGUGAACCAAGAGCUAGUGAAAUAUUCAUAGGUAACACUAACAUGUCUCCUGACUGGAAUUAUCAGGCUCAGUCUUCAAAUCAGGUGACAGAUGAUAGGAGUAAAGAGACUUAUGCUGCACCAUCUCUAAUUCAUAAUGAACCUCUAGUCGCAAGUCGUCAGCUAGAUCAAAGUUUGAAUGCUUCGGUGCAAAUGUACCAGUUGUCCGCUACACAACGACCAGGAACUGAUGAAUCUUGUCUUCGUAUUGACAACUUCAGGGAAAAUGGAUUGUUAUACAAUAAUAACGACAAUAUCAAUAAAACUGUGGGUUUACUUACUGAUUCAUAUAUUCAUCCUGACACAGUGCAGAAGCAGACUAUUGGCCAGAAUAACCAUAAACCAUGUGCAAUGGUACCUCAAAUGUCAAGUGUUGGGCAGAAUCAGUUGGGGUUUCCAAGUGACCCCAGGAAGGCCGCAAAUAUCAUAAGUUCUCUAAUGAAGCCUCUCUCUGAGGAGGGGAAACCAGCGAAUCACCCUCCUGUUACUGAUGCAAAUACAUUGCAAGUAACCUCUGCUAAUCCUCCAGUUACAGCCAUGGUGAGUGGAGAGCAUCUUAGACAACUUAACGACCUUUCUGCUUCUUUGGCUCAGAUUUUUGAAGCUGGGAAACAGCUUCCACAAAUUUUUACUGCUUUCAACACCCAUCAGGGAGUGGAUAUGACUUCUGUGCAGAGUUUGGCAAGUCUAGGUGAUCAAGCUACGCCUUUUCUUUCUAGUUUAUCCGUUGGAUCUCAGAAACACUAUGAUCCGAUAUCUGAUAGCAUUGAGCCAAAGAAACCUGACAGCAACGAGAAGCAAGUCCAUCUGUCCGAUGUUGUUGCAGAUGACAGUACAAAAGUAACUUCUAGUAGCUUACCUCCACCAUCUGUUGCUGUUGUGCCCAAUGGUACUGUCCUACACAAUGCCAGCAGUUCAGGAGGAUUUCAUGAAAGUCAUCAGACAAGUCUGCUGGAGCCUGCUGAGAGCUCGAAGGUGAAGGAUAGCUCUAAGCUGAGGGAGGAUGGAGAAAAAGAAAAGGUGAGUGAUGAAAGCAAGAAAGGAAAGGGCAAGGACCCACAUGAGGAUGAGCAUUUGGAAAACAGGGAAGGGGGUACUAAGGAUGGUGAGAAUAAAAAGAGUAAAGAACCAAAAGGUCUACGUGCUUUUAAAUUUGCUUUAGUGGAACAUGUGAAGGAGCUUCUGAAGCCAACUUGGAAGGAUGGCCAAAUUGGCAAAGAAGCUUACAAAACUAUUGUCAAGAAAGCGGUUGACAAGGUCACCAGUACCAUGCAAGGGGCAAGUAUUCCCCAAUCUCAGGAAAAAAUCGAUCAUUACCUGUCUUUUGCUCAACCAAAGCUUACCAAACUUGUACAGGCAUAUGUGGAAAAGGAAAAGGAAAAGGAAAAGGAAAAGGAAAAGGCUCGGAAGGCGCCAUGAGUGGAGGACAUGGAACAAACUUGUGCAUCGUUUCUCUUGUUCUGUGCAAUGCAACAAAAUUAUUUUAUCGUUGCUUCUCCAGUCUUUUCGUCAUGUAGUUUUUAAAGAUUACCCGAUUCUCUCUCUCUCAUACUAAUUCGCCUUUUUGCGGGUUUUCAUGAUGUGACUGUAGGUUCUCGCUUAACUUCGAUUCGCCAUCUUGCCCCCCCCCUUUUUUUUUUUUUUAUUAUUGUUCUUUAGUUUAAACAGGUCUGUUGUUAAUUAUUCAAGAGCCAUUGCAAUAUACUACAUUUUUACAUUCGAUGAAUAAUGAUAUAUCAGGCGAUGUACAUGAAAGGAUUUGAGAAGAUAGAGGCGGGGGUCUCGUUUGUCUGC